CAUAGUUAUGUAUUGUUCAUUAGGCAAAGCGUCUUCCCGCUUCUUGUUUUUCGUUGACAGAAAUUCAUCUGGGGAUGCAAACCACAUGAUAUUGGCGCUUUUUACAAGCUCCCCACUACCAUCUUCGUCUUCGUCGUCGUCGUCGUCUUCUUCUAAAAACUCGCAGAUAAUACCUGCCCAAUCCUUUCCGGGCUCGGGCGAAUUUAGUAGUACAGCCUGCCCCAGUCUGCACUCAAACGAGCCCGUCCUUGCCCCUAUGAUUUUCUUCGUAAGAGCUUUUCUCCGUGAACGUUGUGAAGUUUUGCGCUUUGUAGGUGUCACACAAUCAAGCUCAUCACCAGAACCGUUUAAUCGGGAGUCUUCAGUAGAAGGUGGAUCUGUUUCAUAUAUCCAUUCCCAUGGAUGGUCCUCAUAUCCAAGCUCAUCGUCUGAAUCUUCUCGGUAGAUGCCGCCUUUUGUUAGCCAUUGUUUCGCGCGUUCCUCUGCUCGAUUUGGUUUCUUUUUUCGUGUUUCCGAUUUUCCAAUGGGAGCCAUAUUUGCUGCUAAACACUCCUUGACAGUUCAUAUGAGUAUCUCUAAGGUGUUUUGCUCACGCACUACAGAAUGUUCAACAGCGUCGCCAGGAACCAAUCGUCACGUGAUGCGACUCAACCCAGCUCGAGAAAAACAAUCAACAAGCUUGCAACAACGCUUCAACUCGAAUCUGCUCUCUUCCGGCGACAGCAGGGAUUGGGGACGUGGUAUUGACCGUGUCUAUUGCCGAACCCAUCAGGGUUAACGCACCGUCUCUUGCUGGUAUAUAAUAUAGAUCGCGGUACCGAAUUUUGCCAACAGGUACCCCCCAAGCGGCCUGAUGCGACGUCGCUGAAAUUUCUCUCGUGCUCGCUCAACCCGCGUGGGUCUUCCCCCGACUAGCUGAGCAAUAGCUGCUGUGCUUCGUCUUAUCUUGAAUCAUUAUGUCACUCUUUGGACAGCAAACAUCUCAACAGCCCCAGUCCACCACGGGGCUGUUUGGGUCAAGCAGCCAGCCCCAACAGACGGGAAGUUUAUUCGGAGCGCAACAAGCAAACCAGCAGAAACCUCAGGGAAACCUUUUUGGCUCUCUCGGCCAACCGCAGCAGCAACCGCAGCAGCAGACUGGUAGCCUCUUUGGCGCAAGCACCCAGCAGCAGCAGCAGCAACAAACAGGGGGGUUGUUUGGCAGUACCCAGCAACAAAACCAACAGAAACCAGGCGGGUUAUUCUCCGGACUUGGCUCUAGUACUCAAACGCAGCCGCAACAAGGAGGUAAUUUGUUCGCCGGACUUGGGUCUACUUCUGCUACGCAACAACCUCCGCAAACCGGCAGCCUUUUCGGGACUUCGACUACCCAACAACAGCAGCCUCAGCAGCAGCAACAAGGCGGUGGUAUGUUUUCGGCAUUCGGUCAGAGCGCCCAGCAGCAACAGCAGCCUCAGGCACAGCAGGGCGGCGGACUCUUUGCUGGCCUGGGAGCAAAUACUCAACCGCAACAACCGUUUGGGGCUACACUCGGCGCUGGACAGCAACAACAACAGCCACAGCUCGGGCAAUCUCAACAAACAGCGCCGACGUUAUGGACGCCGGGGCAAGGGAUGACUGGUGUUCACCGUACGGUACCAAUGCAAAUGAGCAUCGUUACCGAUAAGUGGCAGCCCACUAGUCGAAACUCCCCGUUUCGCGCUCACCUAUACAACAAUGUAGGCGAAGACAAUGCGCCCUUUUUCCAACCUGGUCCGAAUGACGAUGAAGCAAAAUGGGAGGAUGCACUGCGGAAAAGACCAGGUCCGGCUUACGUCCCUGUGCUCGUACAAGGAUUUUGGGAGCUUGGAAAACGGGCGCAGCGACAAAGGGAUUUCCUUGCGAUGAUGCAAUCCCGCCUACAUGAGAUUAAUAACGCUCUCACCGAACUCCUCUCGCGACACGACUUGAAAAUUUCGGUUAAGCUCGCAGCCUGCAGACGAAGGCAUGUCGUCCUCAGUCAGAGAUGUCUUGCCCUUGCGGCAAAAACACAAAUACUGAGGAAUCGUGGGUAUGCCAUGGAUGAGACCGAGGAGGAGUUGCAAAAGAAGCUUAGCCAACUAGAACGCUCCGUUUUUGACCCCUCCCUAAAUGGCCGCACGGAGGAGAUCUGGGCCAGAAUGCUGGCAAUCCGGGAACAAUCGAAGCGCCUGCAACUGGAAGUGGAAAGAACUGGACAAGAAGCUAACCAACAAGCCGAUGAUGAAUUAGAUGAGACUGCUCUAAAAACUGCCAAGAAGAUUCUGGACAACUACGCGUCACAAAUCCAGCAUCUAAAUAAGGAACUUGCUGCUGCGCAGAAGGAUUUUGAAACAAUACAUGGAUCCUCAACAUGAAUACUGCUCCCUGUGAUUAAGCGCUCGUUGGUUUUCGUUUUUUGUUCUUCGCCCAUUUAAUAUUAAUAUGGAAUUGAGCGAAAUAAAAUAUUUUUCUCUCUUUCUCUUUUUAUCUUAUCAUCUUUCUAGUCGGGGACAUCACAAAUGGCGUUACCGGAGCGGACAUACUGGUAGUGGUUUCAUCCUAGCAUGAAAAGGGCAAGAUACAAUACUUGUUGAUCUAUUGUUCGUUUUAGAUCCAACCAUCUAAUUAACCCUUUGCUCAGAUAAUUAUCGUACAGUAUUCAACGCGGACAUACAGUACACAGGCGUCCAAUAUAUCCAAGGCCACCCAACCAAUUCCCUGCCGCCCCAUAGCAAUGUGUGAACUGAACACCCCGUAUGGAUCAUUUAGAUAUCAGAAAAUGCAUUCCCACCACUGGCGUCAUUCGAAUUUGCUUUAUUUAAUCCAAUAUUACCCUGCGGGUUUGAUAGAUCCCAUAUGAAAUGCAAAUAUUUGUAGUCCCUCGAGAAUUAUGUAUCAUAGUUCCCUCCCAAAAAGACAGCCAAAGGUAUUAUAAAUACUCCGCCACAUAGCUUAAAAAAG